AUCCUGAACUCUGAGGGCGGCAAAGCUUGUUUCAACGGCUGUCCUUUCCUUUCUAUCUCUACCCCCUUAUCCUGCUCUACUCUCUUCUCAGACCACUUACGACUAGACCGACGACCAUCAUUCAUCCUCCUUCUUCCCGCGCCAUACCUCCAAAAUGUCGAUGGAAGAGAGCAUCAGUCUCGAGGAGACGAACAAGAUUCGUAUCUCCCUCGGCCUGAAGCCCCUCACAGACGACAAGGCGCCAGCCGACAGCCAAGAGGAGACCGCAGCGGAGAACUACAAGAAGCAACGCGAGCGCGAGGCCAAGGAGCGCGAAACAAAGAAGAUCCAAGAGCGUAUUGCGAAGCAUCGAAAUAAGCGAGAACUCAAUGCGUCGCUGAAGGGCGCCACUUUGGGUGACGCUGAGGGCGACGACGACACGCUCAAAUGGAUCAAGCGCAGCAAGAAGAAGCAGAAGGAGUUGGCAGAGAAGCGGCUGAGAGAGCAGGAAGAGCAGGAGAAGCAGGUGCUCGAGGAGUACGGAGAACGCGAUCUUGCGGGCCUCAAGGUCAACCACGACUUCGAAGAGCUCGAUGAGGGCGAAGACCGCAUCCUCACGCUCAAAGACAGCCGCAUUUUGGACAAUGAGGAGGAUGAACUCCAAAAUGUUGAGAUGGCCGAGCAUGAGCGCACGAAGAAGAACAAUGAGAUGAAGAUCAAGAAGGCCGACUAUACUGGCUAUGAUGAUGAGGAGUUUAAGGAGGGCCAUGUCGGUAUGAAGCGUGCGGUGCUCGCCAAGUAUGACGAAGACAUGGACGGCGAGACGGGCUUCCGUUUGGGUAGCAGCAUAAAGACCUCUAAGGCAGCUCGUGCCGAGCAAGAACAAGCAGCUGCGUCCGUGAACAAGACCCUCCUCAGCAUUGACUACGAGAAGGUUCUAUCCACCGAUGACUACCUCAAGGAGGGUGAUGUCGGCUUCAAGAAGCCCAAGAAGAAAAAGAAGCAUCAGGCGCGCAAGGUCACUGUUGACGACACCGACAUCAAGCCCGACGAGGCAAUGGACGUCGAUAUAAAGCCGGUCGCGCGAGAGCGGAAUCUGGAUGCCAACUUCGUGGAUGACGACGAGCUGCAAGCCGCUCUUGCGCGCUCGCGACGAGCAAAGCUGAACAAGACGAAGAAGCUGAAGCCGGAGGAUCUCGCGAAGAAGUUUGCGGAAGAGCGUGCACGCGAGGAGGCUGAGGCCGAGCAAGCAAUCAAGAUCGAGGAGAUCGAGGCGGUCACCGGCGAGGAAGGUGGUCUGACGUUCGACGACACCACCGAGUUCGUGCGCGCCGUUGGCCUCAACCCAGUACCAGAGCGCAGACCGAAGGUCGAGCCUCGGGAAGCGUCCCUCAAACCCUCGCGCGAGGUGUCGAUGGCACCACCCGCCAGCGAGGGUGGAGAUGUUCCCAUGGACGAGAUCGAGACCAACGGCGCCGUCAAGGAGGAGCCGGAGGAAAACGAGAUGGCCAUGCUGGACCAGAUCGAGGCUGCUUGGAAGGCAGAAGCAUCCUCGAGCGAGGCCGCUGUCGCCGCCGCAGACGAGGUCGGCACACAGUCAGAGCAGACCUUCAAGUCCAUGGCCUCCACCCUUGGCAUCCUCCGCCAGACCGGCUUGCUCGCAACGCCGAACGCCGACCAGAUCGACCGCGAGAAGACGCAGCUGCAGCAGAACCUCUGGCUCGCCGAGCAGAGGCGGCGCGUCGCCCAGCGCGAGAUGGAGCGCCUCGCCGCGCGCGGCCAGCCGAAGGACCAGGCGCAGCGCGAGUACGAGAACCGCAUGCGUGAGCAGCAGGAGGCGCGCGAGCAGCUAGAGACCUUUAAGCACUACAAGCCCGACAUCAACAUCGUCUACUACGACGAGUUCGGACGCUCGCUGACCCCCAAGGAAGCGUGGAAGGCGCUCUCGCACCGCUUCCAUGGCAAGGGCUCAGGGAAGGCGAAGACAGAGAAGCGGCUGCGCAAGAUCGCCGAGGAGCGCAAGCAGCAGGCGAUGUCGAGCGGGGACACGCCGACGAGCAUGGCGAGCGCGUUCCAGGCGCGGCAGGAGAAGACGGGGCAGGCGCACUUUGUGUUGUCUGUUGGCAACCGCGGCGCGGUACCGCAGGUGGACGGCGCGUUCGUGGACGCGCAGCCCCUGGGGAAGAAGCAGGGGCAGGAGAAGGACGGGAAGGGGAAGAAGAAGGGCAAGGGGAAGGCGGAGCAGCAACAGGCGGCCGCGAACACUGGGUUCAUGACGCUGCCGGCGCCGCAGGCGAGUCCGGGGCCGCGCGCUGGGUUUUCCAGGAUUGGGACGGUGGCGGAGGCGGAUCGCAGUGGGACGGGGACGCCGGUGGGCGAGCGGUCGAAGGUGCAGUUUGGGCUCAAGCGCAAGGCGGAGGGCGAGCACGAGUCGACACCGCCGCCUGCCAAGAGGCAGUGAUUGCCACUCAUGCGCGCCUCCCUUGGCCUGUACUGCUAGCUAUAUGAUAUCUUCAAUGCUCAUGGACAUGUGUGGUCA